UACAGCCGCACGUCCUUACCCCGCGGCACUCCAGAUUCUCACCACCCCGCCCUCACCGAGUCGUUUUCGCUUUCCCGGCAAGAGCGAUCCCCGGCGAGCGGCGGCAGGGGAUGGAAGCGGAGAACGCGGGCAGCUGUUCCCUUCAGGUUCCGGCUUUCUAUUCGUUUCCUUUUGCACCCACGAUGGCCGAGGCGCCGGCCCCCAUGGUGCCGAGGGAAGAGCCGAUGCACGAGGAGCCAGCGACGGCCGAAGCCCCGCUGCCCGCUCCGGCGGAGGAGCCCAUGCCAGAGGCCCCAAGAGGAAGAAAAAGAAAACCCAGAGCAGCGUCACAAGCCAAAAAGCCUGCGGAACCCAAAAAGCGAGCGGAACCCAAAAAGCCAGCGGAACCUAAAAAACCUGCUGAGGCAAAAAAAUCUGGCAAAUCCAAAAAAUCAAAAGACAAGCAAGAAAAAAUCACAGAUGCGUUUAAAGUCAAAAGAAAAGUGGACCGUUUUAAUGGCGUUUCAGAAGCCGAGCUUUUGACCAAGACUCUCCCCGACAUUUUGACGUUCAAUCUGGACAUCGUCAUUAUUGGCAUAAACCCUGGACUCAUGGCUGCUUACAAAGGGCAUCAUUAUCCUGGACCUGGAAAUCAUUUUUGGAAGUGUCUGUUUAUGUCAGGGCUGAGUGAAGUUCAGCUGAAUCACAUGGAUGACCACACAUUACCAGGGAAAUAUGGUAUUGGGUUUACCAAUAUGGUGGAAAGGACCACGCCAGGCAGCAAGGAUCUUUCCAGUAAAGAAUUCCGUGAAGGAGGACGUAUACUUGUGCAGAAGUUACAGAAGUAUCAGCCGCGGAUAGCAGUGUUUAAUGGAAAAUGUAUUUAUGAAAUAUUUAGUAAAGAAGUUUUUGGAGUCAAGGUUAAGAACUUAGAAUUUGGACUUCAGCCCCAUAAAAUCCCAGACACAGAAACUCUCUGCUAUGUCAUGCCGUCAUCUAGUGCUAGAUGUGCGCAGUUUCCUCGCGCCCAGGACAAAGUGCAUUACUACAUUAAGUUGAAGGACUUAAGAGAUCAGCUGAAAGGCAUUGAACGGAACACAGACGUUCAGGAGGUGCAAUAUACAUUCGACUUACAGCUGGCCCAAGAGGAUGCAAAGAAGAUGGCUGUGAAGGAAGAGAAGUACGAUCCGGGUUACGAGGCUGCUUAUGGAGGCGCUUACAGUGAAAACCCGUACAGUAGUGAGCCUUGCAGCGUCCUUGCCAAUGGGCUAACUGCUCCCAGUGGAGAGUCGGCGCUGAGUGACGUUCCGAACGGGCAGUGGAUGGCCCAGCCGUUUACAGACCAGAUUCCUCCCUUCAGCACACAGUGCGGCACACAAGGACAAGAGGACGGAACCCAGGCCUGAGAGUGGUGCUUCUCGGCCCCGCUGCAGCGCUGCAGUUUUAAUGCAGCGGUCAGGAAGUGGCCCUCAGUUGCUAACUGAAGUAUUUUAUUAGCAUUUUACUCUAGUGAUGUAAUCAUGGUACAGUUGUGUAGUAGAAUCAACUGUAUGAACCUAAGUAGUUUGGAAAAGAAGAAGUAGGGUUUUUGUUUGUUUGUUUUUUAUUUUUGGUAUGUGAGUUUUUGUAUUUGAAUUAACCAUCAUUCCAGCUUUUUAUAAACUGUAUUUCGCCGAUGAAGAUACUGAUUUACUUUGGGGAAUCACUUUUAACCUGUACUUUUUAAAAGGCAAGUGUCUGAAUAUUUAUUUUUGAUGAUGAACUGUGCACAAACCUAGAUAUGUACACCCUCGACCCCUUUUCAUGCCCGAGCAGGGCAUGCUUCUCACGAGGUGCUGUGGGGAGGCAGGGGGCCGUGUCUGCGUGGGCCCACCGUGCGGCGGGGAGCCAGGUUUGACGGGCUCCCAGCGUCCCAAUGCGCUCACUCACCUUCAGCUGAGAGUGACGGUCGCCGGGGCGGAGAGGCCAGAGUGAGGCCUGGCUGCCACAGGGGACCUGCCCCGACCCGGCAAACCCAGCCUGGCAUCGGCCUCCUUGAGGCAUGCAGAAACUCCUCCGCCGCCAGUGAGUUCAGAGACUGUCGAAGGACUUCUCAAUUGUGUCCGCUUCCCCUCUGUUGAACCUUUCCCCAUCUGAUGGGGAAAGAACUGUUGUCUCUCCAGAUUAUCUAGCCUCCUUGUCUUUAAGGAGGUUCCUUGGAAACUGGUAAGAAAUGAAUUUUCGGGCUGAGGACCAAGGUGCUAGGGGUGUUUGAUCAUCUGAUUAAAACUGGUGCUUUUAUGUACACAGAUGUACCGAGACAAAUAAUACAGACUUUCUCUUGCUUAGGCAAACCUGAUAAGCCAAGUAUUUAAAAAAUACUUUUCUUCUGCUUCAUCCUCCCUGCUCGUUGCCAUGGCCUAGGUGAACCCCAUGCGGGUUAAUUUGGAGUAAUGUACCUUUGUGAUUUCCGGCCGCGUUUCCACGGCACUACACAUAGUCCGCACUGCUGGAGCCGGCAGAGCUUAGGGCUGGGUGUCCAGAAAUGCCAUAUGCGUUCAUUCCUGGUCUCCUCUGUCUGGGGCAUGCUGUUUUUCAUAUGAAAAUAUUUAUGAUUUCUCCCCCCCUCCCCCAGAGUCAUAUGGCCUGGUCUCUUUAUGAUAAGAGAAACCCAAGUUGUGUAUCUUAAUAUGAUUAUUUUUUAGGUGUGGCUGUGAUGGAUUUUGUUUUCUUUUCAGUCUAGGUCAAACUGUGUAGUCAUUCAUGUUAUUGAAAUCAUGUACUGUACUGCUGUUUACAUGGAUGUUUGUGCGGGUACUUGGAAGUGCCUUGCAUCAGGGAUUAGGAGCAAUUGAAUAUUUUUUCAUGGGAUUAUGUAAAGCAUGUAACUUGUUCAUUGCUUUUGUAUACAUCUAUUGGAACCUUAAAUAAAUUUUUUUUUUUUUUUGAGUGCAGAAAAUAGGCCUUUAAAGUAAUGGCAGACACACACUAGAGUGUGGCUGUGAGGGUUUUUCCAAGCAUACAAUGAUGAUGUUUUUCCUAAAUACAAUGAAUGAGGAGUAAAUGUUGGUAUAUCCUGUGUGUGAUACGAUGGUAUGACUUUCAUUAAAUAAUAUGAAAAGGUUUUAAAAUUCAUUUGAAAGUCUGAUGGUUUCUAAAUAAAAAAGUACUUUAAGAAGGAU